AUGGACACGCACAUGAAGAGGAAAGUCCGGGAGGAAGGGGAGGGGGACAGCGCCAUGGCGUGUGCCCUGGUCAGCCUUGAGACCCACUCAGGGCCAAGCCUCCCUGUCAGUGAAAGCCCAGCCUUGCAGAUCCUCAAGAGCUUGCCCCACCUUGAGAGGGGGCCGAGGAGGGAGGUGCGCAGGGCCUGGGACAGCAGCCUUGCAGUCGAGAACCUGCUACCCCUGACACCCCAGCAGCUGGCAGCCUUCCAGGACGUCUUCAAACUGUUCAGCUCUAGCUUGACAGGCACUGUGGACAUGCGCAUCAUGCAAGCUGCCCUGCACAACGUGGGUGUCCAGCUGAGCCCACAGGAGAUGUGUGAGGCCCUGCGGCAGGCAGACUUGGACAGUGAUGGAACCCUAAGCUUCAAAGACUUCCUGGGUGUCCUCACCGGCAGCCACCGCCUGGCCCAGUGCUUGGGCCAGGUGAGGAACAGCCGGUUCGGUGACCCCCAGGGCCUGCAGACUCUGUUCUUAGAGAUGCUGUUCAAGCUGAUGAGCCAGGGGUUCGUGCCCUCCAGUUCAGUGCAGGAGGUGAUGAGCUACUACUCCAAGAGGCAGCAGGCUCUGCGGCUGAACCCAAGCUGGAAAGGCCCCUCCCGCGGCCACGGCCGCACCGCGCGCGCUUACGCGGACCUCACCUUCUUCCGCCAGGCCGCGCGCCUCGGCGGCCUCUCCAGCGCCGAGCUGGCGCGCUCGCUGCACAGACUGCACAAAGCAGGUACGCACAGCCCCUACUCUCAGAUACCGAACCUGGCCCGGCGGACGCGCACAGAACGCAACACGCGGAACCGAGCCCCGCGCCCCGACGUCCGACUUUCCAAGUCCUACCAGCCCAGCCGCCCCAAGCUCCGGCCGAACCGGGGGCCCCUCAGCCAAGGUGAAAGCGGGGAAGGAGGCGGGGGUUCGUGA